AUGGACGUCACUUCCGGACGCGUUUCAUCAGGAAGCACACCAGCCAAUAUUGCAAGUUCAAUGGGCGACACAUCCAAAAGCAUUACAUCUGGAAGUACGCAGCACAAAUUCACCAGCUCCAUGGACGUCACUUCCGGGCGAGUUUCAUCAGGGAGCACACCAGCCAAUAUUGCAAGUUCAAUGGGCGACACAUCCAAAAGCAUUACAUCUGGAAGUACGCAGCACAAAUUCACCAGCUCCAUGGACGUCACUUCCGGGCGAGUUUCAUCAGGAAGUACACCAGCCAAUAUUGCAAGUUCAAUUGGCGACACAUCCAAAGGCAUUACAUCUGGAAGUACGCAAACCACAUUCACCAGCUCCAUGGAUGUCACUUCCGGACGCGUUUCAUCAGGAAGCACACCAGCCAAUAUUGCAAGUACAAUGGGUGACACGUCCAAAGGCAUUACAUCUGGAAGUACGCAAAACACAUUCACCAGCUCCAUGGAUGUCACAUCCGGACGCGUUUCAUCAGGAAGUACACAACCCAACUUUUCAAGUACAAUGGGUGACACAUCCAAAGGCAUUACAUCUGGAAGUACGCAGCACAAAUUCACCAGCUCCAUGGACGUCACUUCCGGGCGAGUUUCAUCAGGGAGCACACCAGCCAAUAUUGCAAGUACAAUGGGUGACACGUCCAAAGGCAUUACAUCUGGAAGUACGCAAACCACAUUCUCCAGCUCCAUGGAUGUCACUUCCGGACGCGUUUCAUCUGGAAGCACACAACCCAACUUUGCAAGUUCAAUGGGCGACACAUCCAAAGGCAUUACAUCUGGAAGUACGCAAAACACAUUCACCAGCUCCAUGGAUGUCACAUCCGGACGCGUUUCAUCAGGAAGUACACAACCCAACUUUUCAAGUACAAUGGGUGACACAUCCAAAGGCAUUACAUCUGGAAGUACGCAGCACAAAUUCACCAGCUCCAUGGACGUCACUUCCGGGCGAGUUUCAUCAGGAAGCACACCAGCCAAUAUUGCAAGUACAAUGGGUGACACAUCCAAAGGCAUUACAUCUGGAAGUACGCAGCACAAAUUCACCAGCUCCAUGGACGUCACUUCCGGGCGAGUUUCAUCAGAAGCACACCAGCCAAUAUUGCAAGUACAAUGGGUGACACAUCCAAAGGCAUUACAUCUGGAAGUACGCAGCACAAAUUCACCAGCUCCAUGGACGUCACUUCCGGGCGAGUUUCAUCAGGAAGCACACCAGCCAAUAUUGCAAGUACAAUGGGUGACACGUCCAAAGGCAUUACAUCUGGAAGUACGCAAACCACAUUCUCCAGCUCCAUGGAUGUCACUUCCGGACGCGUUUCAUCUGGAAGCACACGUGCAAACUUUGCAAGUACAAUGGGUGACACGUCCAACGGCAUUACAACUGGAAUUACGCAACAUAAAUUCACCAGCUCCAUGGACGUCACCUCCGGACGCGUUUCAUCUGGAAGCACACAACCCAACUUUGCAAGUUCAAUGGGCGACACAUCCAAAGGCAUUACAUCUGGAAGUACGCAAAACACAUUCACCAGCUCCAUGGAUGUCACAUCCGGACGCGUUUCAUCAGGAAGUACACAACCCAACUUUUCAAGUACAAUGGGUGACAUCCAAAGGCAUUACAUCUGGAAGUACGCAGCACAAAUUCACCAGCUCCAUGGACGUCACUUCCGGACGCGUUUCAUCAGGAAGCACACCAGCCAACUUUGCAAGUACAAUGGGCGACACAUCCAAAAGCAUUACAUCUGGAAGUACGCAGCACAAAUUCACCAGCUCCAUGGACGUCACUUCCGGGCGAGUUUCAUCAGGGAGCACACCAGCCAAUAUUGCAAGUUCAAUGGGCGACACAUCCAAAAGCAUUACAUCUGGAAGUACGCAGCACAAAUUCACCAGCUCCAUGGACGUCACUUCCGGGCGAGUUUCAUCAGGAAGCACACCAGCCAAUAUUGCAAGUACAAUGGGUGACACGUCCAAAGGCAUUACAUCUGGAAGUACGCAAACCACAUUCUCCAGCUCCAUGGAUGUCACUUCCGGACGCGUUUCAUCUGGAAGCACACGUGCAAACUUUGCAAGUACAAUGGGUGACACGUCCAACGGCAUUACAACUGGAAGUACGCAACAUAAAUUCACCAGCUCCAUGGACGUCACUUCCGGGCGAGUUUCAUCAGGAAGCACUCCAGCCAAUAUUGCAAGUACAAUGGGUGACACGUCCAAUGGCAUUACAACUGGAAGUACGCAGCGCAAAUUAACCAGCUCUAUGGACGUCACCUCUGACCACGUUACGCAAAAGUCAGCUUUAUCUUCUUCAGGAACUCCCCACACAUCUGUGACAACCAGCUUAUCAGAGACAACCACCCCCGGUUUUCCCAAAUGCCAACAGAGUAAAUGGUCGGAAUGGAUCAACCACAAUCAUGCAAAUAAUUCGGGAGAUGAAGAAGAGCAGUUAAGCCAACGGGAAAGGCAAAAACUUUGUACUGGUGGUACCAUCACUGGUAUUGAAUGCAGAGAAGUAGACACUCAAACCCCAUUUGAUCAAAGCGUUUCAAUCGCUACCUGUGACGUAAAACAUGGCCUCCAAUGUAAACACUCCGACAAUAUCAUUCUUGGCUGUUUGAAUUUUGAAAUGAGACUCUACUGUAAAUGUCAACCAUCAUUAAAGACAACUCCGAUAACUUCGGUAACAAAGACAACCACUCCCGGUUUUCCCAAAUGCCAACAGAGUAAAUGGUCGGAAUGGAUCAACCACAAUCAUGCGAAUAAUUCGGGAGAUGAAGAAGAGCAGUUAAGCCAACGGGAAAGGCAAAAACUUUGUACUGGUGGCACCAUCACCGACAUUGAAUGCAGAGAAGUAAACACUCAAACCCCAUUUGAUCAAAGCGUUUCAAUGGCUACCUGUGACGUAAAACAUGGCCUUCAAUGUAAACACUCCGACAAUAUGAUUCUUGGCUGUUUGGAUUUUGAAAUGAGACUCUACUGUAAAUGUCAACCUCCCCACACAUCUGUGACAACCAGCUUAUCAGAGACAACCACUCCCGGUUUUCCCAAAUGCCAACAGAGUAAAUGGUCGGAAUGGAUCAACCACAAUCAUGCAAAUAAUUCGGGAAAUGAAGAAGAGCAGUUAAGUCAACGGGAAAGGCAAAAACUUUGUACUGGUGGUACCAUCACUGAUAUUGAAUGCAGAGAAGUAAACACUCAAACUCCAUUUGAUCAAAGCGUUUCAAUCGCUACCUGUGACGUAAAUCAUGGCCUUCAAUGUAAACACUCCGACAAUAUGAUUCUUGGCUGUUUGGAUUUUGAAAUGAGACUCUACUGUAAAUGUCAACGUAAGUAA